AACUUUAAUCAUCACGGAACGAGAAAAGAGACCGGCUUUUGAUAUUUUUACUUAUAAAUUGUUUUUUAAUUCUAUGAAUUCGAAACAUUUAAAAACUUUAUAUACUUCCGGUGCUCUUUUGGAUAAUCUUUAUUCUCGUGAUUAUCAAAAAAUCUUUUUAGAUCAUAAUAUUAAAUGGU